AUGUGGCAGCAAGUGGUUGUGACUUGCGCAUUUCUUCUAUUCAAAGCAAAAUUUCAUGCAAUACAAUUGGCCGAUCACAGUUAUAACGGUACUUUUCCUAUGAUUUUGGAAGCAACCAGCAAUGAUACCGUGGAGAGAGUAAAACUAAAAUCAAAUGAAUCGGAAAAAAGUGAUAAUAUUUCUUCGAUUGUAUGGCAGAAACUAAAUGAUAAAAGAAAACGAAAUAAGAGAAUAAUCUCAAAAAAUAAAGAAACAUUAUCCAAUCAGACAAAUGGCGCAAAUGGUGAAUUUUAUAGCAAUGUCACAGACAGUAUGAAUACGACAAUGAUGAUGAUAUCAGACACAAAAAAUUCCUCAAUUACUCCAAUGGGAAAAGUGUUAAUAGCAAUGAGUGUCACAACAAUAUUAACAAUAAUUGUCACCUUUGUAUUAACCAUUUAUAUCACCGAGAAGAGAUUAUUCACUGAGCGACAAAUAGCUAUGCAAAUAAUUCCAACCGGAUAA